AUGACGCGACAGGAGACUUCGCUGCCCCUCCUUCCCAAAGCCGCGUCGUGGGCUGUUCAAAGAAGUAGAAGCCGUGCCAGCCACAUCGAAGCCAGCAGAGCCGUGGGCUCUUCUCAGAAGGAGGAAUCGAAGCUCGACAGCAUUAUGGUCGAAAGCCAGAAAAUUCCAGGAGUUGACCUCAGGGCCACCAGUGAGCCUCGAGUCGUCCGCGUCCUUGUAAAGGCGCCCUGGCAGAAAGAAGAAUUCCUUGUCCACCAGGAGAUGCCCGUCAGAGAGUUCAAGGAGCAUGUCGGCCGGCAUUUCUCCUCUUCCCCUGACCGAGUGGUGCUGGUCUAUGCCGGAAGGAUCUUAAAGGACCACAAGACCCUAGGCCAGCACAGGCUCCACCUGGACGAUGACGCCACCAUCCACGUGGUCAUCCGCUCCCACCGGCCGCCUCCAUCCCGGCAGCCUUCGGCAGUUCUGGCCCACCCAACCUUGGACCAGAAGUCCCCUCCGAGCAGCUCUUUCACCAGUGAUGGCCUCCGGGAGCUCACAGCCAGUCUAGGCCUCAACACGGCCAACUUCUCGGAGUUCCAGACCCAGCUCAUGUCCAACCCUGACCUGAUGCUCCAGCUCCUGGAGAACCCCUUCAUCCAGAGCAAGCUCUCCAGCCCGGACCUGAUGAAGGAGUUGGUCACCAACAACCCCCAGGUGCAGAAGGUGAUUCAGAAGGCCCCAGAUAUCAGCCACGUCUUCAGCUCUCCUGAGGGCAUGAAGCUGGUGGUGGAGCUGGCCAGGAACCCAGCUGCUGUGCGGGCGAUCCUCAAGCCUCCCCCUCAAAACUUGAGUUUCCCCAGUGGAGACAGCAACAGUUCCCUGCUGCAGGGCCCUUUUGUGGAGAUGCUGCAGAAAGGCCUUCCGAGGAAGCUUUUGCCAGCCUCCACAGGCGGCCAUCAUGGUGAAAAGAUGCCUGCCAGAGAAUGGUCACUUCCUCCCAAUAUCCGGCCUCUGAGGCCAGCGGCCCAGACCUUCCCCAAUGCUGGCAGCUAUCCAAGCCACGGAGAAAGCAGCACAGCGAAGGAAGGAGCCGGACAGCUGGUCUCCACCACUGUGAAGAACCUGCUCCAUCAAAUCAUCCGGCACCUUCUGGAGAGCAUCGCCAGUGGUCCUAAUAGGAACACUGCUGGCCAAGGACUCAGCCAUGCCCCAGAGCUGGUAGCCAAGGUGAUCCGAAAGAACGCUGCGGUGCCCAGGAACGUCCGGGAACAGGCCGCCGUGCACGUCCCAGCUCUCCUGCAGCAGAUCCAGAACACAGACGUCUUCUGGGCCAACUGGACCCCCAAAGAGAUCCAGGGACUGCUCGAGAUCCAGCAGCGGCUACAGGCUCUUGCCGCAGACGAGCCAGCCAAAAAGGCCGAGAGAGCCGAGCAGCCCACCCGGAGAGCCCACUCCAACACCUCUCUCGGUGACGGGCCCCCUCCUGCCUCCCGGCUGGGUCCUCCUCCGGGCUUCUCCACUCAGCAGAUCUUGCAGGCUCUGGCGGGGACGGAGUGGGGGGCCGCCGGGGCCAAGCGGGGCUCUUCAGCACAGCCCUCGUCCAAGCAGCAGCGGACGUACAAGCUCUGA